AGAAUGUGUACAUUUUGUGUUGCCGUGUUUUAAUUAGUUAAGUAAAAAGUUCAGUAAAUAAAUACGAGUGCAUUAAGAAAACCAAAUAGCUUGGACUAACGUUCGGCACCGUUGCUUGGCGUAUCCUACGCUAUUUGAAAUUAUCUAUUUGGUGAUUCAACUACAGACAGCUGCGUCUGUCUAUCUCAUUGGAGAGUGAUAAAAUGGCACGCCCAAUUUUUCCCAAUCAGCAAAAGAUAGCUGAAAAGUUGAUCAUAUUGAAUGAUCGAGGCCUAGGAAUACUUACGCGCAUCUACAACAUAAAAAAGGCAUGCGGCGACACCAAAUCGAAGCCGGGUUUCCUCUCCGAAAAGUCCCUGGAGUCCUCCAUCAAAUUCAUUGUGAAGCGUUUUCCCAACAUUGAUGUCAAGGGUCUUAACGCUAUAGUGAACAUCAAGGCGGAGAUAAUAAAGUCGCUAUCGCUGUAUUACCACACGUUUGUCGAUCUGCUAGACUUUAAGGACAAUGUCUGCGAAUUGCUGACCACCAUGGACGCUUGCCAAAUCCACUUGGACAUAACACUCAACUUUGAGCUGACUAAAAAUUAUUUGGACCUGGUGGUCACCUAUGUCUCGCUGAUGAUUGUGCUGUCCCGCGUCGAGGAUCGCAAAGCUGUGCUGGGUCUUUACAAUGCCGCCUAUGAGCUGCAAAAUAAUCAGGCAGACACAGGCUUUCCACGCCUCGGGCAGAUGAUACUCGAUUACGAGGUGCCGCUGAAGAAGCUUGGCGAGGAGUUCAUACCCCAUCAGCGGCUGCUGGCCAAUGCCUUGCGCUCGCUCACCUCCAUCUAUGCGCUGCGUAAUCUGCCCGCAGAUAAAUGGCGUGAAAUGCAAAAGCUCAGUCUUGUGGGCAAUCCGGCAAUCCUGCUGAAAGCCGUGCGCACAGAUACAAUGUCGUGUGAGUACAUUUCCCUGGAGGCUAUGGAUCGUUGGAUCAUCUUCGGCCUGUUGUUGAAUCAUCAAAUGCUGGGCCAGUACCCAGAAGUAAAUAAGAUCUGGCUGUCAGCGCUAGAGAGCAGCUGGGUUGUGGCGCUUUUCCGCGAUGAGGUGCUGCAGAUACAUCAAUAUAUUCAGUCCACAUUUGACGGCAUUAAGGGCUACAGCAAGCGCAUCGGUGAGGUGAAGGAAGCUUAUAACACGGCUGUCCAGAAAGCAGCAUUGAUGCAUCGUGAGCGUCGGAAAUUCUUGCGUACUGCGCUCAAGGAAUUGGCACUGAUAAUGACGGAUCAGCCGGGCUUGUUGGGCCCCAAGGCGAUAUUCAUCUUCAUUGGUUUGUGUCUGGCUCGCGACGAAAUUCUUUGGCUACUACGGCACAACGACAAUCCGCCGCUGUUGAAGCACAAAGGCAAGAGCAACGAGGAUCUUGUUGAUCGGCAGCUGCCUGAGCUACUCUUCCACAUGGAGGAGCUGCGUGCUCUAGUGCGCAAGUACAGUCAGGUUAUGCAGCGUUAUUACGUGCAAUAUUUAUCGGGCUUCGAUGCCACGGAUCUUAACAUCCGCAUGCAGAGUCUGCAAAUGUGUCCCGAGGACGAGAGCAUCAUAUUUAGCUCGCUCUACAACACAGCUGCUGGCCUGACCGUCAAGCAGGUGGAGGACAACGAACUGUUCUACUUUAGACCCUUCCGGCUGGACUGGUUCCGCCUGCAGACAUACAUGAGUGUGGGCAAGGCAGCUUUACGCAUCACGGAGCACAUUGAACUAGCUCGUCUGCUCGAUUCGAUGGUGUUCCACACGCGCGUCGUCGACAAUCUGGAUGAGAUACUCGUGGAGACAUCGGAUCUGAGCAUAUUCUGUUUCUAUAGCAAAAUGUUUGACGAUCAGUUUCACAUGUGCCUCGAGUUUCCGGCACAGAAUCGCUUCAUCAUUGCAUUCCCGUUGAUCUGCAGUCAUUUCCAGAACUGCACGCACGAGAUGUGUCCCGAGGAACGGCAUCAUAUACGCGAACGUUCACUCAGUGUUGUGAACAUCUUUCUGGAGGAGAUGGCCAAAGAGGCAAAGAAUAUCAUUACCACAAUUUGCGAUGAGCAAUGCACAAUGGCCGAUGCUUUGCUGCCCAAGCACUGUGCCAAGAUUCUGUCUGUGCAAUCGGCACGCAAAAAGAAGGAUAAAUCUAAGUCGAAGCACUUCGAUGACAUUCGUAAGCCGGGCGACGAAUCGUAUCGCAAAACACGCGAGGAUCUAACCACAAUGGAUAAGCUGCACAUGGCGCUCACGGAGCUCUGCUAUGCCAUCAACUAUUGCCCCACUGUCAAUGUCUGGGAGUUUGCCUUUGCACCGCGCGAAUAUCUCUGCCAGAAUCUGGAGCAUCGCUUCUCGCGUGAUUUGGUUGGCAUGGUGAUGUUCAACCAAGAGACAAUGGAGAUUGCCAAGCCCUCUGAGCUGCUAGCCAGCGUACGCGCAUACAUGAAUGUACUGCAGACCGUGGAAAACUAUGUACACAUCGAUAUUACGCGCGUCUUCAACAAUUGUCUGUUACAACAGACACAGGCAUUGGAUUCGCAUGGAGAGAAGACCAUUGCUGCUCUCUACAACACUUGGUAUAGCGAGGUGUUGCUGCGUCGCGUCUCCGCUGGAAACAUUGUGUUCUCGAUUAACCAGAAGGCAUUUGUGCCCAUCUCGCCAGAAGGCUGGGUGCCCUUCAAUCCCCAAGAGUUCUCUGAUCUGAACGAACUGCGCGCUUUAGCUGAACUCGUUGGUCCAUAUGGCAUCAAGACUUUGAAUGAGACUCUGAUGUGGCACAUUGCCAAUCAGGUGCAGGAACUCAAAUCCCUGGUGGGCACCAACAAAGAGGUGCUGAUCACACUGCGCACCAGCUUCGAUAAGCCCGAGGUGAUGAAGGAGCAGUUUAAGCGACUGCAAGAUGUUGAUCGUGUGCUGCAACGCAUGACAAUCAUUGGUGUUAUCAUCUGUUUCCGGAAUCUGGUGCACGAGGCGUUGGUCGAUGUGCUGGACAAACGCAUUCCCUUCCUGCUGAGCUCGGUCAAGGACUUUCAGGAGCAUUUGCCAGGCGGCGAUCAGAUACGUGUCGCCUCCGAGAUGGCCUCAGCGGCUGGUCUGCUGUGCAAGGUGGAUCCCACGCUGGCAACCACACUCAAAUCAAAGAAACCCGAAUUUGAUGAGGGUGAACACUUGACUGCUUGUCUUCUGAUGGUCUUUGUGGCCGUCUCUAUACCAAAGUUGGCACGCAACGAGCAUUCCUUUUACCGGGCCACCAUUGAUGGCCACUCGAAUAACACGCAUUGCAUGUCGGCGGCGAUUAACAAUAUCUUCGGGGCUCUAUUCACCAUUUGCGGACAGAACGAUAUGGAGGAUCGCAUGAAGGAAUUUCUGGCUUUGGCCAGCUCAUCGCUGCUGCGUCUGGGGCAGGAAUCGGACAAGGAGGCGACACGCAAUCGCGAGUCCAUCUAUUUGCUGCUGGAUGAGAUUGUCAAACAAUCACCGUUUCUCACCAUGGAUCUCCUAGAGUCCUGCUUCCCCUAUGUGCUAAUUCGCAAUGCCUAUCAUGGUGUCUACAAGCAGGAGCAAAUAUUGGGAUUAGGUCUCUAGAAUCCAUGUGAGGGGCAGCUGCAGCAGACGCGUAUUUCUAUCCCGAGUAUUUUCCUAGCUGCUGGUAAUCGAUAAUAGAUCAUUGUGCUUUAUGCCAACGAAUAACGAGUACAUAAUUAUUAUUCUAUUGUUAAACAUAUAUGAUAAUCUUCCUGAUGAUAUAAUACCCCAAAAAACGAAAUCAUGUCUAAACUACACUAGGCACAAGUAUUCUGCAUUUUGAUACAUUAUUACGUAUAAAUAAAAUACACAUGUAAACCAAAGCCGCUGACGUUUUGUUUCCCAAUGCUAUAAUCAUUAAAAGUAAGUUUCUGAUUAAACGGAGAACUAAUGCUGAAGACAAAGAAAAAAGAUUCAAAAAGUUGAAUCAGAAAUUCUACUUCAACGUCUUUAUCUUAGUUCGGUUAUCAAGAAUGGCAGAAAAAUUAAGUAUACGUAUUGUACUUACAGUAUUUACUUGCGUUUAUUUGUAUUACUCGUGUGUAUAUUAAAUGUGUAUUUAAUUCUUGUUCUUUUCGCUUUUCUUGGGAAAAAUCUUCCACAAUAUUAAAUUAUUUGGUCACGUUUAAUGUUACUUCUUAGGUUUGUGUACAAAUACUUUUUUUGUUUCGUUUUGUUUGUAGGUAAGUAAUAAAAUAUGUUUAGUUCUUCAAUGUGAAUUCGAUUUCCCUAGCAAAUACAUAUGAAAGUAUUAUAUUUAUUGUGUGUAUGCGUGUGUGUAUAAGUUUCAAUUCCACUACAAGAUUUAUCGUCUGCAUUUAAUACCUUGUCAGCGUCAAAUAUUGAGGAAAUUUCCAAAAAUUAAUGUUGGUGCAUAAGUAUAUAGUCAUAUUUUUGGGAUUAUCUCAGUUUAAAGCCUGCAGCUGUCAAUCAAAUAAUAAGACUAAUGGCAAAAUAACAAUAAAGUUAUCUUAUCUCAAUUUUUGAAAUAAUUUGAUAAUGCGACAAAUGAAAAUAAUAUUGAAUAAUUUCAAUUCGGUCGAAGUGUCGUCUCAUCUAGGUGAAACCAAUUAAAAAACACAUAUUCGUCACGUAAUCCUAAUCUGCUGAAGUCCUACAAUAUUUUUGGUUAAAUAUACCACAAUCACUACUUGCUGCUAGAAAGCUGGCUGUAUUUAAUCGUAAUCGUAACAAUAUCUUUAUCUUUAUCUUUAGUUAUCUACAUUUAAGUGUCACUAAUUAUACAAAUAUUGUAUUAUCAAUGCGCUUUUCGAAUAUUUGACUAAUUAUUAUGAUUCUUUUAUUAGAUUGAGUUUUGUUCUGUGAAAAUGUUGAUUCCUUAAUUUUGUUAAUUCCAUUCUCACUUUUGUUGUUGUUGUUUUAUUUUGUUUUUUUUUUUCAGUCAGUCAGUUUAGGCAUCUGUUGACUUACAAAUUGUCGUCAUUGUCUUUUGUUUUGUUUUAUUUUGUUUGUUUUCUCAAUAUAUAAAAAAAAAUCACGAAAUUCAAGGGGAAAGCAUAGAAAAUUCAUGUUUGUUUUUGUUUAUGUUGUUCCUUUGUUAUUAAAUUAAUUAAAAUCGCAAUGUUGCUAAACUUGUUUAAAGCUCUCGAGUACAAAAAUCGUGUCAAAUGAAAAAAAAAGCUUCGAAAACUCCUUUUCCGCUUCCCUUUCCGCCAUCAUAUUAUGCGGAAAUUUCCACACAAAUUUCCUCUGUGUAUAAUAUUGCAUUCUUUUUGAAUUUUCCUGUGUAUAUUUUUUGUUUUUGCAUUCUGGUUAACGCUUAACGCUAAUUUAGCAUAAUAUUUCGUAUCGUAAUAUUAGUUCCUCUAUGACAAUCAUCUCUUUUCGAAUAUAAAAGCCUACAAAUAUGAGUACGGUUAUAUUAAUGCUUGAGUGUACUAGACGAACUCCUCCUGCUCCAACCAAGGAUGUUGCAGACACUCCGCUGCCGACGCCCUUAUGACCGGAUUAUACUCGAG